CAACUGUUUACAAGUUGUCAUGCACUAGUCUCGUAUGGCAAAUUGUCAAAUACCAUUUCCACUAUGACAGCAAGGCAGUAUGACACUGAUUUGACAUGAAACAUGGCAACUCCAAAGAGGCAGUUUUCAAGAUCUUUAUCCAACAACAAAUGGAUGAAACUGUGGAAAAAAUGGCAGAGGAAAGAUGUUGUUGUUGUCAAUGAACAUCACCGUCGUUACAGAGCUCUGGAGUGUAUCAGAGAGGGAAUUCAGGACUUGUUUGACAAACAUCCAGAACUUGGGGUUAAGGACCAACUGAAAGAAGAAGACUUUUGCCAUAUUCACAGCAAAACAAUCAAAACUCAUCAAGGAAAGAAAUUUAAAUUCCGGAGUUAUGCUAGUUCUGUAUUUUCCUGCAUCAGAAGAGCCGUCUCGGUGUCUGACAAGGAUUUCCUGUCGUCAGUUGCUCCAGAUGACUUGGAUUAUAUGGAAUUUUUCAGUAAUUCCAGAAGUGGACAGGAUUUCUUUCUCAGUAAUGAUCAGCAGUUUAUCCUGAAAACUGACAAGAAAUACCAUUUGGAAUUCUUCAUGUCAAUUCUUGGUGACUAUCUGGAGCAUUUUCAGAGAUACCCACACUCACUCAUUGUCAAAUUCCUAGGACUGUAUUCUAUAAAUGUAUCUGGGCAACCCAAGAUGUAUUUCCUUGUGAUGCAAAAUGUGUUCUUUCCCGUGGAAAGAAUCGAGUCAAGGUUUGAUUUGAAAGGAUGUCUGGCUGGCAGGUAUCAAAAGCCCUACACAGAAGAAAAGGGAAGUCUCCAUGUUCUGAAGGAUCAGAAUUUUUAUCACGAGACGAUAAACCUAGGAGGUCAGCGAGACUGGUUCCUGAGACAGCUACGCCAUGACGUUAAUUUUCUGCGGGAAUUAGGUGUACAGGAUUAUAGUCUGCUUCUUGGUCGUCAUGAACUCCACACUGACGAUCAGCAGACGUCAUUUGGAAAUCUAGUGUACAGGAUGAGAAAAUCUUUUGCUAAAAAGAAAUCCUCCUCAAUCUUGGACACGUCUCAUCUGCAUAAUCAAGUCCACCCCUCAGAUACCAUCCCCGAAGAACACGAAUCCCCCCGCCGCACUCGUCACAAGGAUCUCAACAGAGCCUUCGCAGCAAUCAAACCAACUACGACAUCCACAAGUUUAGGCAGCUUGCUAGAUUCCUCAUCUCUAGACAUGGACGAAUCAGCAAAUAGAAGACUUUUACUAGAAUGCAAGAACCCUUUGCAUGUAAUUGAUGGAUCAUGUGAGAGGUACUACAUGGGCAUCAUUGACUUUUUUACCCAGUACGAGUGUAAACAGAGAGUCGCUCGGGUUCUGAAGGUGUGUAAGAAUUGUUCGUGUGAUCACUCUACGGUUCCGCCGGACAUUUACGCCGAGAGAUUUCUGAGAUUUAUUGAAGAGAGGACUAUUUAAUUUAAUUGGUUAAUAGUAGAUUUUACCAUAUGGUAUGUUAUAUUUCUAUGCACUAACAAAAAAUUCUCUUUAUGAUGCUGUAGGUAUGUUUACAUGCAGGGAUAGGGGUUGAUUUAACUAUUUGAUAGUGUAUUUUGGAAGUGCACAUUCCUGAUAUGAAAUACUUUGCUCAACUAAUCAGUGUUGUUGUAGAUGUUUAAGGAACACAUGUUUUAAUACUAGUAUUAUUUUCCUUAUAUAUUUCUGUACCAGUACUUGACUGCUAAAAAAAAUUUCUUUUCUCAUACACUGUGUCAUUCACCAAGUAGGCAUAGCAAUCUGGUUAAACAAAGCAAUCAAUUUAAAGUUGGUAUUUCCAAUACAUGUUUUGUUUUUAAAAUGGAUAUUUUUUGCAAAUGAGAUUAAUUAAAC